AUUCCUCACUGGCGUUUAUGGCAUGGCAGAGGAAGGAAGCAUCGGAAUAGGAGAAACCGAAGAAGAAGCGCCAGCGAUCGACGAUUUCUCCUGCAGCCACCACCAGAUCUCUGCCCUUUGACGAAGAAGCUGAUUGGAACAAUUAUCGUGGCUGGAUUCGAUGGGGAAAGGCCCACUAUCCUUUCGCCGUCUUUCGAGCAUCCGUCACCGGAAGAAAGGUUCUGCGGUUAAGGAUGAAGCUGCUCAUACAUCGGCGCCUUCGUCUCCGCCGCCGCCUCCACCGAUUAAUGCAGGCGGACCGAUUGCGGGAGGGACGGGGAAGGCGAAGAAGAAAACCGGAGGAGCUAGGCUGUGGAUGAGGUUUGAUCGCACUGGUGCGAUGGAAGUGGUGGAGUGCGAUAAGAGUACAAUCAUCAAACGUGCUUCUGUUCCCGCUAGGGAUUUGAGGAUUCUUGGCCCUGUCUUCUCUCACUCUUCUAACAUUCUCGCUAGGGAGAAAGCUAUUGUUGUGAAUUUAGAGGUCAUAAAGGCAAUAGUUACUGCAGAAGAAGUGCUUCUGUUGGAUCCUCUUCGACCAGAAGUUCUUCCACUCGUUGAACGAUUAAAGCAACAGUUUCCUCAGAGGAAUGGGACUGAAAAUGCUCUGCAAGCUUCUGCGAAUGUACAGUCUCCUCUUGAUCCAGAAGCUGCAGAGGGUUUGCAAAGUGAGCUUCCUUUUGAAUUUCAGGUCCUGGAGAUUGCACUCGAGGUUGUCUGCUCGUUUGUUGAUCGCAGCGUGGCUGCUCUUGAGACAGAAGCUUGGCCUGUCCUUGAUGAACUCACUAAAAAUGUCAGCACCGAGAAUCUUGAAUAUGUACGAAGUUUAAAAAGUAAUCUCACCCGCUUGCUAGCCCGUGUACAAAAGGUGAGAGAUGAGCUCGAACAUUUGUUAGAUGAUAACGAAGACAUGGCAGAUUUAUACUUGACAAGGAAGUGGAUCCAGAACCAGCAAACCGAGGCGAUACUUGCAGGGACAGCAUCAAACAGCAUUGUCCCCCCACCGCAUAACACAUCAAAUCUUCACCGGCUCACUUCAAACAGAAGCGCCAGUAUGGUGACGAGCAAUACAGAGGAAGACGAUGUGGAGGAUCUGGAGAUGUUGCUGGAGGCAUACUUCAUGCAACUGGAAGGAAUGCGGAACAAGAUUCUUACAGUGAGGGAGUAUAUUGACGACACAGAAGACUACGUGAAUAUACAACUGGAUAAUCAACGUAACGAAUUGAUCCAGCUGCAGCUGACACUGACCAUAGCCUCGUUUGCAAUAGCCGCAGAGACAUUGUUGGCAAGCUUGUUCGGGAUGAACAUACAUUGUCCAUUGUAUUCCAUAAAUGGCAUCUUUGGCUACGUUGUGUGGAGUGUUACUGCGCUUUGCAUUGUGCUAUUCAUGGUCACCCUUGGUUACGCCAGGUGGAAGAAGCUGCUAGGCUCAUAAUCUCUCUCUCUCUCUCUCUCUCUCUCUCUUACAAACCAUGUGCCACUUGUGUAAUAAAAAAAGGGAACUCACACAUGGUUAAUACAUGAUAAAGUUGUUUCACUCAAAUCGUGUCCAGUGAAGAGGUUAGAGAUUCAUG